GAGGCCGCUGGGGCUGGUGCUUGGCAGAUCCACGCUUCCUGUGUUUGGAGCGUCUGUGUGCGUCCUGUGCGCGUGCUGCUCUUCUGAUCCAUUUCUGGUGAAGUUGCCUCGUGCGGACUGCAGGUAAAUCAGAUGCACACCGUCCCUGCCCACUCAAAACAUGGAGGGGCUUUUCUUUGAGGUGAAUCCUAGAGGCAGUAAACGACCUGAGCCACGUCUCACUUCAAACCACCAUUCCUGUCCCUCACUUUUAAACCUCAGCUCUCCUUCUGUGGGCUCUGAGAAGUAUGACCGAAAGAGAACUGCAUCAUGGGGAGGAGUGAGAGAUGUGGAGGAGGAAGAGGUACAGUACAGACUGCAGCUGAUUGGCUCACUACCUGUUCACCUCCUAACCACUAUGCCCAUGCUGCCCUGGGUUGUGGCUGAGAUCAUGAGGUCCAAGAGGCGCAGGUCGACGGGAACAAAACCGAGCACAUCUGGAAGUGAUGUGUUGCUCUGCAUAUCUGCGUCCUGGGUGCGCUGUGUGUCUGUGUCUGUGGAGGGUGUGGAAUGGCACCCAUUAAGGCACACAGUCCUGUUUGAAUGUCAACCACACCAGGUGACCAAACUGCUUCACAACAGCCAGGAGCCCAACAGUUUUGGCUUUUUGGUCAAAGGGUCUUCCACAUGUGCCUGCUAUGUCUUCCAGUGCAAUGAAACUACCAAGGUCCCUGAGAUCAUCAGUACGCUGAGGCAGGUGGGGAAGAGCUCUGCGCGUAACAAUGACACUUCUACUUCCACACUUUCUGGAGGAAACGAUGUCUGUGAAAAACCCCUCAACAUUUCUUCUGCCCCAAGUGGACUCAGCGCCACUGGACCCAUUUCUCCUACGGCUUUUGCCAAAAAGUUUGAGGUGCUGUUCUGUGGUCGUGUGAGUGUAGCUCACAAGAAGGCCCCCCCUGCCCUGAUCGAUGAGUGUAUAGAAAAGUUCAGCCAGCUGCAUGGCUCUGGACAGAGAGAGGCAGGAGGCAGUGGGCUGGUGGAUGGACUGAAGAGGGCUCUGUCGCUCCAGUCCAAUGGACUGGGUGCAAUUACAAAUGCUACGCAGAGUCCGAAUACUACCAAGAAACCUGUCCUGGUUAAACGGGACUCUAGCCUCCCCUCUUUACAUGCCCUGGAUGAAAAUGGACUUGCCCCAGAGAUGUCCAACAACAACACUACAGAUGCACAGAACAAAUGUGCAGAAAUACAGCCCACCAGCCUGCUCGAGAACCGGACCAUGCUCUUCACGGUCGGGAGGUCUCAGAUUUAUUUAGUCAGUCCAGACACUAAGAAAGUUGCUAUGGAGAAGAGCUUCAGAGAAAUCUCCUUCUGCUCACAGGGUAUUCGUCACGUAGAUCACUUUGGCUUCAUUUGUAGAGAGACGGUAGAGGGAGGAAACUUCCAAUUUGUUUGUUACGUUUUCCAGUGUACUGAUGAGUUGCUGGUAGAUGAAGUCAUGUUGACUUUGAAGCAGGCCUUCUCUGUAGCCGCCAUGCAGCAGAAUGCAAAGACCCAAAGUCAACAGUGUGACAGUUGUCCUAUGCAACAGCUCCAUAAACUGUGUGAAAGGAUAGAAGGUUUGCAUCCAUCCAAAACCAAACUAGAGCUACAACGACAUUUAGCAACAUUGGACAACCAUGACCAAGCUUCAGUCUUUGAAAACACUAUGAGGGCCCGGCCAAAGGGAGACCAAGAGGAAAAUGAACUGAUAAUGACAUCCUUGAGGAAUUUAUACGAGGAAAGACAAAAGACCCACCAGCACUCCAUAGUUACAGACUCUAAACUGGUUUGUGCGGAGGCUCCAGUGACUGUGGAGGUGCAGCAGCAGAGCACGAGUCGACAGAGACUUGAGCAGUUUAAGAGCCGAGCCAAACGUUCCCUGACUGAAUCUCUGGAAGGCAUCUGGAAGGGGAGCAGCAAGUCCCGCACGCAGAAAGAAAACACUGAGAGGAGCUUGUCUAUGUCUACAGUCAACAGUACUCUGGACCAGCCCUGUUCGUAUGACCCCUUACCUGACCCUGAACUGCGGCCAAACAGCCCACUGAAAUGCCACAACUCGACCGGUGACCUGAAGCGUCUGGACGGUUCUCUGUCCCAGUCCUCUACAGUACCUGUUGACACUCCGUGCUCUCAGAGUUUCCGUCGCAGAGCCAGCACUUACAGCCACCCGCCCACUCCGUCCUCUGCGGAGUACGUGCCUGUGCUCACCGUUACACGGGCACCACAGGAUCCUUCUGCUGCCACCAAACCCAAACUCGUACGGCACUACUCCGUUAGCACCGACAGCCCACACCAAAGCAAACUUGUGUCGACAAACUCUUCCCUUCCUCCUGUCUCUCCCUAUUCUUCAUUCUCCUCUUUGCUCCCACAUCACCCCUCUUCUCCUCUAACGGGAGCCAGACUCAGCAAAAGAAGUCCUCUGGGUGGCCUUCGCGCUCGUCUUCAGUCCUCUUCCUCUGUCCCUAAUUUUCUGAAAUUUCAAUUCUUGGCUCCUGUUCAAGAAAAUGAGAAUCCUGAAACAAAAAUCAGUGAUGUAGCAGCUUUGUCCACUCCAGUACCAAAUCAAGAGAUCGGAGAAAGUCCUUUGCGCGGACAUCGUCACUCCUGGAGACAGCAGAUCUUUCUGAGAGUUGCUACACCACAGAAAGGAACAGAGGCCAAUGAGCGAGGAGGUGAUUUGUGUCUGGAUGGGGGUCAUGUGUGCUCUGGCCCGGCUGCGCUGGCUACAGGGGAUCUGUCCAUGAGGCCAGUACCUGAGGAGAGGAGCCGGAGGAGCAGAGAGGAGCUGAGGGAGCUGUGGAGGAAGGCCAUCCUGCAGCAGAUCCUCCUGCAGAGAAUGGAGCGCGAGAACCAGAAACUCCAGGACUCAGAAAAUGAUCUGCAAAAUAAGCGACUGAAGCUGGACUAUGAGGAGAUCACUCCAUGCCUGAAGGAUGUCACUCUGGUUUGGGAGAAGAUGCUAGGGACUCCUGGAAGGGCAAAGGUCAAGUUUGACCCUGAGGCCAUCCAUGCUGCACUUACACAUGGUGUCCCGAGGCAACACAGAGGAGAGAUUUGGAAGUUUCUCUCUGAGCAGUUUCUUUUGCGACAGACUGUCCCAUCACGACCUCCGGCCAAUGAUAUUCCAUAUAAAGAACUGCUUAAACAGCUAACAUCACAGCAGCAUGCCAUUCUCAUCGACCUUGGUCGCACUUUUCCUACUCAUCCAUAUUUCCAGGCUCAGCUGGGGGCAGGGCAGCUGUCUCUCUAUAACCUGCUCAAGGCCUAUUCGUUGCUGGAUCCUGAGGUGGGCUACUGCCAGGGCCUGUCCUUCAUUGCUGGAGUACUUCUGUUACACAUGGGGGAGGAGGAUGCCUUCAACAUGCUCAAAUUUCUCAUGUAUGAUAUGGGCUUGCGCAAACAGUACAGGCCUGAUAUGAUUAUACUUCAGAUUCAGAUGUAUCAGUUGUCCCGGCUGCUCCAUGAUUAUCACAGGGAUCUGUACACUCACCUGGAGCAGCAGGAGAUUGGGCCCAGCUUGUAUGCUACUCCUUGGUUUCUCACCAUCUUUGCGUCUCACUUCCCUCUCGGCUUUGUGGCCAGAGUCUUUGAUAUGCUAUUCCUCCAGGGGUCAGAGGUCAUCUUCAAGGUAGCUUUAAGUCUCCUGGGGAGCCACAAGCCUCUCAUCUUACAACAUGACAGUCUAGAGUCCAUAGUGGAUUUCAUCAAAACCACAUUGCCUAAUUUGGGGUUGGUGCAAAUGGAGAAGACGAUAAACCAGGUGUGUGAAAUGGAUGUAUCGAAGCAGCUCCAGGCCUAUGAAGUGGAGUACCAUGUUCUGCAGGAUGAGCUUCUGGACACACCCCCAACCCUCAACCAACAGCAGCGGGCGGCACAGCUGGAACGGACCAAUCAGAGCCUCCGGCAGCAAAACCUGGACCUGCUCGAGGAACUUCAGGUGUCCCAUGCUCGUGUGUGUAGCCUGGAGAGCAGAGUGGAGGCUCUGGUCCAGUCUGACAGUCAGCUGAGGGAGCAGGUGACGGAGCUGGAGCAGGAGAAGCAGCAGCUGAUCAGCACAGUCACCCGCCUUCAGGAACUCCUCAACAGUCUGGGAAUACUCGCAUCCCCAGACGCACAGUCCCUUUCCCCUCCCGCCAGGACCGCACCUGCAAAUGCACACACCUGUGAUCCUGGACCCACCCUGCCACACCCUCUAGCCCUCCCAGAAGAUUUGUAAUUUAACCCAAUUUCAAAUUGUCAAUGUAAGUGGACAUGAAAUUGUUUGUACCCAAAGGACAUAACUGAGGGGGGCGGGGUGGGGCUGAUUCUGCACCAAAAAUAUGAUUUGAAUUAUAGCACUGACCAUGUCCACUUCUGCAACUAGACUGAUUGGCACGUCUGUGUUUUUGAAUGUCCACAGAUGAAGGCCUUGGCCAAAAAAGUCAGUAGAUGGUGUGAACCGUAAGUUGUUUGCAAUAAGCUGUGUUAAUUAAAAGGUCCAAGAUAUUGUCUCUACAGUAUAAUAAUUAUGUUUGAUUCCACUGUGUUUUGAUUUUACCAUUGACUGUUUUGUUUAUGUGCCAUUUCCCAAGCACUAUGCUUUAAACCUCACUUAAACUGCUUCACCCAAAGAACCACACACUUUUGUACUGCUUGUUGAGAUACUUUGCUAACUCAGUAGUAGCCAUGCCUUUUACUUUAGAGAGCCAGAGCAAUCAAAGCCGGUCCCAUUGUCUUUUAUUGAGACACAUUUGUGUUAAUGAUUUACUGUAUUGUACACUGAAGUUCCUCCACAGGAUCUUCGUAUCUGAACAUUUGAAAGUGUUACUGUGUGUCUGUGUGUGUUGCUUUACACUGUUUAAGAUAUUUUACUUGCACAUUGUUUCUAUGUUUUAAUGAAUCUUCAGUAUCUUUAAAUAUAUUUCUUAUUCUUUCA